CCGUUUCACUACUUUGAUGCCAUCAAUCUCCCAAAGAGAAAAUAGUUUCAUCUAUCAAAAAGUACUUCAUAAAACCAUCAUUCAUUUCAUGGCAAGCUUUGAUCGCUUAUGUGCUGCUUCCCAUAUGAAUAUUGCUCCAAGUCCAACCACCAUGCCACAACUUGGCAAGAAUCGCUUCACCCAAUUUGCACCUAUGCCAACUACCCAAAAAUGGAGCCUUUCCGAAGACCUCACACUUAUUUCUAAUCCCACAAAACACGACAUUCAAAAAACUGGAAAUCUCGGCUUCUCUGACGAGUUCUACGUAAAGCAUGAACAGAAGGUGAAGGAAGUUAGGAGUGUCCUACGAAAAGUAGGGGAAAAUCCAUUAGAAGGUCUGGUCAUGAUUGAUACCCUCCAACGCCUAAGCAUUGACUACCAUUUUGAAGAAGAGAUUGAAGCACUUCUGCAAAAACAGUAUAUGGAAUCCACCAUUAGUAAUGGUUAUCCUGAAUUUGAUCUUUAUGAGGUUUCUACUCGCUUUAGGCUACUAAGGCAAGAAGGUUACAAUAUGCCAGCAGAUGUGUUUAACAACUUCAAGAACAAGGAGGGAAGGUUCAAAUCUGAACUAGGCACAGACAUCAAGGGGUUAAUGGCUUUGUAUGAAGCAUCGCAUUUAAGCAUAAAAGGAGACGACAUACUUGAUCAAGCUGCGGAUUAUAGUUGCCUACUCCUUGAUGGUUGGAUGAUGAAUCUUGAUCAACAUCAAGCUAGACUUAUCGACAGUACGCUGAGGCAUCCCUAUCACAAGAACUUGGCAAGGUUCACGGCCAGAAGCUUCGUUAGUGACUAUAAGGGCAUUAAUGGAUGGGUAGAUGGAUUACAAGAACUAGCAACGAUGGAUUUUAAGAUGGUUCAAUCCACGAAUCAAAGAGAAAUACUACAAUUUUCUGAAUGGUGGAAGGACAUGGGUUUGGCCAAUGACUUGAAGAAUGCAAGAAAUCAACCACUCAAAUGGUACAUGUGGCCAAUGGCAGCCCUCACAAAUCCGUGCUUCUCGCAGCAAAGAGUGGAGCUCACAAAACCCAUCUCUCUUAUCUACAUAAUUGAUGACAUUUUUGAUGUUUAUGGGACACUAGAGGAACUCACUCUCUUCACAGAAGCAGUCAACAGAUGGGAUCUUGCAGCGGUUGAGAAUCUACCUUACUACAUGAAGUCAUGUUUUAAUGCACUCUACGACACCACGAAUGAGAUUUCUUACAAGAUCUACAAAGCGCAUGGGUGGAACCCCAUAGAUUCUCUGCACAAAACGUGGGCAAGUUUGUGCAAUGCUUUCUUAGUAGAAGCAAAAUGGUUUGCUUCUGGGCAGUUGCCAAACUCAGAAGAGUAUCUGAAAACUGCGGUUGUUAGUUCAGGGGUGCAUGUGGUUUUAGUUCACAUGUUCUUUCUAUUGGGCCAUGGAAUAACAAGGAAAACUGUCGAUCUUGUGAAUGAUAACCCGGGCAUUAUAACUUCUACAGCAACAAUUCUACGUCUCUGGGACGACUUGGGAAGUGCAAAGGAUGAAGAUCAAGACGGGCACGACGGAUCGUAUGUUGACUGCUACAUGAAGGACCACAAGGGCUCUUCAGUGAACAGAGCACGAGAGCAAGUCAAUCGCAUGAUUUCAGAUGCGUGGAAGUGCCUCAACCAGGAAUGCCUAUCUCCAAACUCUUUUUCAGCAAGUUUCACAAAGAGUUCGCUUAAUUUAGCGAGGAUGGUUCCUUUGAUGUACAGCUAUGAUGACAACCAUAAACUCCCAAUCCUUCAGGAGCACAUGAAAUCAAUGCUCUAUGAUGAUGUUUCUUUAUAAGGAUUCCAAGGGAAAAAAAAAGAAAAACAGAAGACGAGGAAACUUAUUAGGUGCCGUUCCGUUUUCUAAAAAAAAAAAAACUUAAAGAAAAAAAAGUUAAUUUCAAGGUCAAAAAUCAUGUGUUUACGCAUAUAAUUUUCCUACUAAUAUGAAUCUUGUUUGAUAGAUCUCAUUGAGAUCUUUUAAACGGUGCAAAAAAAAAUUAUUAUUAUUUUUCAUUUUCGUUAUAUUUGAGUUUGAAAUUGCCUUUUUUUUGAAAAAAAAGGUCUUGGGAGAAAGCGGAACGGGGGCUUACAAUGACAAUUCCACUUGUUAAAGUCCCAAUCACAAAACAAACUGAUGGUUUUAUGAACCUGUGACAUUGCCUGCGGUUGUGUGUGUUAAAGGGCAGCAAAACAAGAGGAAAAUAGGGUAGGGUAGGUAUAUUCAUGUGGAAAGAUGAUUGUAUAAUUUGUAUUGAAUAUGUACUGUUCAAGGCAUUUUGAAGUUGGACAAAUCUUUAUCUAAUGAGUUUAAGGAGAUAA